AUGUCGAGCCCCACCACCCGCCCAGCUAUGACCCGACCUCGUCUCGACUCCUCCAGGAAGAGCAGCUCGUACCUGCAGGAGUUCCAGCAGUACCGGCCGCCCAACAAGCCCGAGAGCCACUUUGGCAUCGACACCGUCGUCGAGGAUGUCCCUGGAGCUCCUGCGUCGUCUGCGGCCACGCCCCCCAACUCCACGUCCCCUCUCUACUACAGGGGCGUCCCCUCGGCCGACAAUCCUCCCAAGGUCGUCGACGGCCUGAGCCACGACCUCUCGCAUCCCAACUGCGCCCCACCCCGGGGACAGUCGUCAAGCAGGCUGAUCGCGACGCUCUUCUACAAGACCAAGUCGCAGCGCGUCUCGAACAAUGCCGUGCCCUCGCCCCAGAAGCCCUCGUCGCCCCAACCCGGUGCGGUGAUAUCUGAAGGGUCUGACAUCCCCGCCAAUAUGGCCCCUACGACCGACCCCUCGACCUUCCCCCUCGAGCCGCCCGCCGCCGAGCCCGAACCCCUCGACCACCUCUACGGCUCGUAUAUCUCGCCGCUGUGCAUCACCUCGUUCCUGCACCUCACAUCCAGCUUUCCGCUGCCGCCAGGGUCCGACAACAUGACCUCGGCGCACAGGUGCCUCGACAGCUCGGAGCACCCCCUCGUGGUGGAGCUCACGCUCUCGCCCGCGCCCGCGCCGUCGUAUCUGUCGCUCGCGGACUUGCGCAAGCACGAGCUCAUCUAUCGUUUCGAGCGCGAGUGGAACGUCGACGUGGCGCUGCAGCCCGACCUGCUCUGGCGGCGCCAUCCACGCCUGGUGGUGUUCGAUAUGGACUCGACACUGAUCACGCAAGAGGUCAUCGACUUGCUGGCAGCGACGAUCCGCGACCCGCCUGACCUGGCGGCCAAGGUGGCGGACAUCACGCACCGGGCCAUGCUGGGCGAGCUGCAGUUUGAGAGCGCGUUCCGCGAGAGGGUGGCGCUGCUGAAGGGGUUGUCCGAGACCAUCUUCACGGAGCUGAGGGCGGUGCUGGACGUGACCAAGGGCGUACGGCCGCUGCUCAAGGCGCUGAAGAGGCUGGGGGUGCGCACGGCGGUGCUGAGCGGGGGCUUCCAGCCGCUGACGAGCUGGCUGGCGUCGGAGCUGGGGAUUGACCACGCGCACGCGAAUGAGGUGGUGAUAGAGGGCGGGCGGCUGACGGGCGAGGUCAAGGGCACGAUUGUCGGGCGGGAGAGGAAGGCAGAGCUGCUGCAGGAGAUUGCCAAGAAGGAUGGCAUCGACCUGCGCCAGGUGGUGGCUGUGGGAGACGGGGCCAAUGACCUGAAGAUGAUGGCGACUGCGGGCCUGGGCGUGGCGUGGAACGCGAAGCCCAGGGUGCAGAUGGAGGCCGGGGCGAGGCUGAACGGGGAGAGCCUGUUGGAUCUGCUCUAUCUCUUUGGAUUCACAAGGGAGGAGAUCGAUACGCUGACUGCAUAAGGGAGGACAAGGCCCCUUAACUCGGGCGUCUUUGCACAGGAAGCAAGCAUUCAAGCUCUUGUUUCUUUCUCUUUUCUUUCAAAAGACUUUCAGACUUGGGCCGUCUCUCUGUACCGCACUAAUACUGAAAUAUGUAUGCCAUGCAUACAGUCUACAUACUUACCCUUGUUGCUAAGAGUAGUUGUAAAGAUAGCACCAGCACCAGCACCAGCACCAGCAGCACCAGCGGUAAGGUCCAACGGCAUUCAUUGAUAUAUGAGGACGA